AUGCCCAAAAUCAGUCUGAGGUCCAGCACCUCGGACAUCAGAGUAAACUAUGACGCCAGUACCUCGGACGUCAGAACAAACUAUGACAUCAGUACCUCGGACAUCAGGGCAAGCUAUGACACAAGGUCCUCGGACGCCAGAGCAAACUACGACACAAGGUUCUCGGACAUCAGAGCAAACAAUGACAUCAGUACCUCGGACAUCAGAGCAAACAAUGACAUCAGUACCUCUGACAUCAGAGCAAACAAUGACACAAGGUCCUCGGACAUCAGAGCAAACAAUGACACCAGUACCUCGGACGUCAGAGCAAACAAUGACACAAGGUCCUCGGGCGUCAGAGCAAACAAUGACACCAGUACCUCUGACAUCAGAGCAAACAAUGACACCAGUACCUCGGACGUCAGAGCAAACAAUGACACAAGGUCCUCGGGCGUCAGAGCAAACAAUGACAUCAGUACCUCUGACAUCAGAGCAAACAAUGACACAAGGUCCUCGGACAUCAGAGCAAACAAUGACACCAGUACCUCGGACGUCAGAGCAAACAAUGACACAAGGUCCUCGGGCGUCAGAGCAAACAAUGACACCAGUACCUCUGACGUCAGAGCAAACAAUGACACAAGGUCAUCGGGCGUCAGAGCAAACCAUGACACCAGUACCUCGGACGUCAGAGCAAACUAUGACAGAAGGUCCUCGGACGUCAGAGCAAACCAUGACACCAGUACCUCGGACGUCAGAGCAAACAAUGACACAAGGUCAUCGGGCGUCAGAGCAAACCAUGACACAAGGUCCUCGGACGUCAGAGCAAACCAUGACACCAGUACCUCGGAAAUCAGGGCAAACCAUGACACCAGUACCUCGGACAUCAGGGCAAACAAUGACACCAGUACCUCGGACAUCAGGGCAAACAAUGACACAAGGUCCUCGGACAUCAGGGCAAACAAUGACACCAGUACCUCGGAUGUCAGAGCUAACUAUGACACCAGUACCUCUGAAAUCAGGGCAAACCAUGACACCGGUACCUCGGACAUCAGGGCAAACAAUGACACCAGUACCUCGGACAUCAGGGCAAACAAUGACACAAGGUCCUCGGACGUCAAAGCAAACAAUGACACAAGGUCCUCGGAUGUCAGAGCUAACUAUGACACCAGUACCUCGGAUGACAGAGCUAACUAUGACACCAGUACCUCGGAUGUCAGAGCUAACUAUGACACCAGUACCUCGGACGUCAGAGCUAACUAUGACACCAGUACCUUGGACGUCUGA